AUGCCGCCUCUUCCUGCCUUCAGGUUUUUUUUUCUUGCCAUUCGACAGCUGUCGAAGCCGGUAGUGAAGGCAAUUGUCUCCCGGGCCCAGCGCAAGGCAACCGUCACGCGUGCUGUGUGCAUCGGCUUUGGUCGGUUCUCUCUGGGCAUCUCUCUCGUCGUUGAAAAGUGGGUUGCGGAGGACAGAUCACGCGGAGGCGAUGGGUCAAUGGCGGGCCUAGGCCGCUCAGCUGCGAAGACAUGCGAAGAUGAAAAGGGUUUGCUGGUGGCUCCGAGGUCUCGUUCAUUGUUGCAGACAACUACAGCGCCGAGUGGGUCCUCAGGAAAGCAAAGGAUUGGUCGGUUAUUAUUGGGUCGCCCGAUGCAGAGCUCGUGGGAGGCGUUUCGUUCAGCAUACUCUCCAUCCAUUGAAGAGGGACCCCUUGUGAAAACUGGAGCGGAGGUUCUUAUAGAGCUGAUCGUCUAUUCUAUUCUUGCUGUUGCUCUUUUCUUUGAAAUUAGCACUGCCUCCCUCGCGGCUGAGGAAAAGGAGACUUGUCUGCUGAAGCGCGUUGAGGCACUUGAGGGCAAGGUAAACGAGCUCAUUCAGGAUCAUCAUGCGGACGCAGUGAAAGAGCUUGAGGUGCCGGAGACGGUAGUCGUGAGCCACCUCGACCGACUUAAGAAGAGGAUACGUAGCACCUUAUUUUGCAUGUUUUAA